GCUUUAUUACAGAUGUUGAAGCUUUUCUACAAGCUACAAUCCCCCACAAAUAUUAAAUCCGUUAAACUGACAAAUACGAUAGCCCUUAGUUUGAGUGUUUUCAGGAAUGGAUGGUGAUUAUUAUUCUACAGUUUAUGCGUGGUUCGAGAGAUGUGGAAUAAUAUCGAAUGUCCGCACCCAUCUUCGUCAAAACCUAGUGAAUGCCCUGAAAAGUAAAGACAUGACUCUGAACAAAGCGAACAUCGGGCCCAAAUCGGCGAAGCAGUACGUUUACGAUUUAUUGAUUGCAGAGUACCUCUGGAAUCACAAUUACGCAUAUACAGUCUCAGUAUUUGCCAGCGAAGCUCCUCUGCUCGUUAAUUUUCGAAAACAUGUUCCCACGAGUGAUAAUGAGGCACUGACAAAAAGUGAUAGAAAUAAAUUGCAGAGUGAUUAUGUUUGCCAUACAUUGGAGACUUUGGGGAUCGACCCCGAGGGGCCUGACGGACAGGAUAUCAUCAGAAACUACGACACCAAUGACAUUCCCCUUCUAUUAUCGGUACUUCAAUAUGUCAGGCAAAUCAAGAAACCAAAGAGCCGCGUACAAAUCGUCAGGGAGGAUUCCAAGUCCCCCACUAAGAGCUGCAGGACUCAGACCGAUUUCUCUGAGAGUGAUAUCGCUGCAGAGACUGUUAAAAUCAUUGCAGCUAAAAAGAAACUGAUCAAACAGAAGGAGUUGUUUGAUAAUGAGUUGAGACAAAAGGGAGAAGCUUUAAACAUGAGAGCUAGUCACAUUGAACAGCAAAUGACAACUUUGGAUGAAAAAUUAUUGCAAGUUCAAGGUUUAAUGCAAGCAGUAAAUUUGAAAGAGAAACAAUUCCAUGAAGACAGACAAGAAGAGGAACGCAGGAUAUACAAAAAGGAAUUAGAACUAGCCAUGAAAGAGAAUUCUAUCACACGAGAUGCUGAGAGGUUGGAAAAAGAAAGAGAUAGCUACAGGCAAUUCGAGGCAAAUUUGAAAAAUCUCCAGGAGGAAUUAGUAAAGGUGAAACAAGAAUUGGUGAAUAAAGAAAAUAGAGAGAGUAGAGAAAAAGAGCCUGGAGAUUUGAAGAGGCGUACAAGUGAGGCUUCCACUCAGACCGAAAAGUGCACCAAUGAGACGAAUAAGCAGUCAAACGAUCAUGAGAAGCAAGAACUACAAAAUUUGGUGCAGGAGCAGAAGCUGAGGAUAGAGGAGUUGACUCUCCGGGUGGUUAAACUGUCAAGACAGCUGGAAGAGGCUCAAUUGAUGAAGUACACGAAUAAUGAAGUUGUGAGGUCCAUUCCACCAGUUCAGGCCUCAAAGACGAUUCUCAGUGAGAGCAGCUCAACCGACGACAUUAUUCAGGAUGCGAAGCAACGACUGAAGAGACUAGAACAGGAAACCAUUAAGGCUGACAAUUGCUACCUGAAUUCAAUGAUAACUUCCCCCUUAUGACGAAGAGUUCAUUUCAAUCUGCCUGAUAACUCCGAGCACCUGUGUGACUGAACUAAUUAAGUUACUCGAUGAUUUUCGUAAUCUUAUUUAUUUAAUAAAAGUGUAUUUAUCACAGAGAGACUGCACACAUAAUAAUUCACGAUG